AGCAUAAAUCCAAACACCGUGAAAGAGCAAACCAUUUAUUGUAUUUUAUUGCCCAACUGUGAGACUGAUAAAUAACUGAGCUGCGACACAGAGUACAUAGGCACGAUAGAGCUUGGUACCAGGCAGACACUUCAAACAACCUAGCAAACUUAUAAAACUGAAAAUGCAGGCCACAUCUUAUCCGACCCCACCGGGAGUUCCUGGUCAGACUGUACAUGUUAAUCAGCCUGCUCCUGUCAACUACUCUACUACCGUCGAGAAUCCAAACUCGACGAGUGGCGUUUCUCAGAACUUCAAUGGAGCAGCAGGAAGAGCAACCGGUUGGAUACAGCUUUUCCUUGGAAUUGGGAGCAUCGUCGUUGGUAUUGCCGAGAUCGUUCUCGUGACCGGAGUAGGCGUUAGCGGCAUGGGCAUUUGGGCGAGCGUUCUUUUCUACAUUCCUACUGGAAUCUUGGGAAUAUGCACCCACCAAAAGAACACCUGUGUGAUCAUUGCCUAUCUGACGAUGUGCAUCAUCUCUGCUGUCUGUGCAUUCAUUCAAAUGCUUGCUGGCUCUAUCAGUUCCAGUGCCAUGAGUGGAUUGUAUUGCUAUGUUUAUGAGGAUUGCGGAGGUAGUAUUUGGGCUGGGAGAGUCGCAUGUGACGCUCUGUUAGCGGUUCUUGGAGUGCUUGAGAUGGUGGUUGCUAUUGUAGGCUCAGCUUACUGCUGCGGUGGUAUGGCGUGCGCCCAUUCCUCUCCAACAACUACUACUACUACUGUGUACACCCAGCAGGCCGCCCCAAUGGUGGUGACAACUGGCCAAUUUCCCCAGCCAGUUGGGAUCGCUCAACCCCCUCCAGCUUACAACGUUCAGCAGGGUUACCCUCCAGCGGGCCAACCUGCCCCUCAAGCCGGAUACAACCAGACCGGAUACAACCAAGCCGGAUACAACCAAGCCGCAGCUGCUCCAUACAACCAGCAAGCUGUUGGAGUAACCAAACCUGGCGGAAUGGUGGCCUAAUUCUUCAACUCUGCUCUGUGUCUGUCCGAAUUAAUUUCUCUAAGAUGCAACGAUCAAUUUGAGAAAAAAAAUACAUAAAUUGUAGGAAGAGGGAAACAAUGAAUAUCCAUGAAAUACAAUUCUGUUUUGCAUGUUUUUUUUAAGAAUACUGUAUACCUUAUCAAUUUGAAAAUGGAGUCGACGCAUAUAAAAUGACAAACCUGUGAACCCGUGUAAACGAAUUGUGCUAUAUCUUAUGACUUGUUUUAUUAUUUUAUGCUAAAUAUACGCAUUUCAUUGAUUCAUUUAUUCCUACAAAGAACCCACUUCGUAUGUAUACUUUGUUGUAAUUUCAUCUUGUACAUUAUUUCUUCUUUUCUUUAUAAUUCAAUUUACAAUUUAAUCAAGAAGACUUCUAGUAUAGCAGUGGAAAGGAAUAUAACCCUCUUUUAGAACUUGUAAUGCUUAUCUAAUUCAAUCAACGUGAAUAAAACAUUCAAUGAAUCAUGAUACAAUGCAAGAUACAAAAUACAAAAUGAAAUGAACACAAAAUAAUCGAUUUUUUUUAAAUGGCAUGAAAAGUGAAUCCAGUCAUAUUAAGUUUGUACAAUGGUUGGAGAGAAGAUAACACAUAUUACAUAAAUAUAUUUUCGCAAUGGGGUGAUUCCUUAAAGGCUUCAUGUUGCCUCACUAUUAGUUGGUUCAUAUCGAUGUCUUGGAUGCCUUACAAACCAUGCACUUUCAGUGAUAAUACUAUUUAUUCAAAAGAAAAUUUUCUUAUCUUAAACCUUGACCCUAAAAUGUAACAUGUCUCUGCUAGUCAUCCGUUGAUACCGUUUGUCCCUGGAACAAUGCAUACCAAUCAUGCCUAUU